AUGUCAGGUGAAGUUGUUACGAAGCAAUAUGGACAAUGGAAAACACAGAUAAAGGAUGUUUUUAAUAUCAGGGUGGUCAGUGGCCUUAAGUGUAAAGUGUUUGGACUGGGACCUUGUAGCCGGCUACAAGCUCAAGAAAAACCUCAAAGGGAGCCAUUGUCUGGUGUGGUUCGGUCAUUUAGGAAAGCUUUCGGGGCCUCUGAAGGUGGGGUGACGUCAAUGGAAGAGGAGCAUGAGACAACGUUUUUGUUGGGAGUUGCUGUGGGUAAGAGAAAGGGUGUCAAGGUUGGGGGUCAGCGUGGUCGGGGCAGUCUCCCAAAACCUAGUGCAUUGGAAAGUGUGGAGGAUGUGAGUUUGCGAAAGACCACUGGUUCUACUGGCAAAUCCGUGAUGGGUUCCGGUGAAUGGGCCCAUCACGAGAAAUGA